AUGGCUACCUGUCUCCCCCUCCUGACUACCUCGAAGGUGACAUCUACGGAUUCUUUGGACGAUAACCAUGCUUUCUUCCCCCCCUCGAAACGAUUAAAGUUAGAUCAUGGCAGUGACGAGGCUGUUUGUAAAACUUCACUUGCUCAGUUUACCAUCAAUCCUUGCAGUACCUCCCUGUCAGGUAAACCGCAUAAUCUUUACCCUAUAACCUUGAUACCGCGCUCCCAAGUCCCGCUAUCAUGGCUAGAUACAUGCCCAUCGCCUUCACGAAGCAUACGGCCAGGAAGCCUAUUUACAGCAAAUAUACCCGCUCUUGAGCAUGGUUUAUCCGGCGAGAAUGCAUCAACGGUGCUGGCCGCGGCGAUUUCAGACACGGCGGGACGUCACUGCGAUGAAAUACCGAAGACAUAUUAUGUGGUUGAAAGGGUGAAACGCUGCAUAUAUGCAAUAUGUCCUCUAAGGAGCGAGAUUCGGGAAGCAGAUUUGGUAGUUGCAUCUAAAUGCGGUGGAUCUCCAGAGGAAUUUGCGUCUUUUCAGCUGUCUACUGACCCAUUUACGGACGGCCUGGAAUUUGCUACUAUUCCUGACAUUGACUUGUUCCAAGAGAUGCCUGCUCACAGACAAGCUGUCUCCUUCGCUUUUGGAGAUGUUCCUCUCGAAGGGCCCGGGUCUGGCCAGGUUGACAGACCUGGAUCACGUCCUAAUACUAUGUGUCGAUCACCAGCAGUUGCAACUGAAGAACCUCCAAAGGAGGGAGACAGUGUUGAACUUGGUAUCAAUCUACCAGCCGAGUACUUUGCCGACAGCCAGAACUUUUCGCAAAGCAAUGCCGUUAACAAUGCCGAUGAUAUGCUUUCUACCCUCAAGGUGCAAUAUCUUGAGGCCCUAUAUAUAUCAAAGACAUCUGUGGCCUACUUCGCAAAGGGUCCCCUCACGCGUGCUCGUGCGGCUUUUCAGAAUUCAGAUGAUGUCCCGUCUAUGAGACCAAUGGUAUUAUAUCAUUAUUACCGGUCUUGCAUUAUCCCGAUGAAAAAAAUGGACGCAAAGUACAGGGAUUCUCUACCAAAGAUAGUAGCAGAUAUCAACCCGUCUCUUUCUGAUGGUGAUGAGGCUGCUCCAGCGAAGAAGAGGCGUAAGAGCAAAAAGAAAACCAUUGGCAAAGACGGUCUAUAUGCAGGCGAAGAAGAGUUCAUAUCCAGGUGGUGGAAAUCUACAUACGAAAUUAACUCGUCGGUAGAGAAGUCUGCAUUGGAAAAUCAGAGAAAGAGGCUGAUUGAAGAUAUGCGUAUGCGCGAGACCCAGUUGCAGAUCCUCUUGAUCCUGGAGGUUAUGCUUCUAGAAGGUAGUGUUGGAAGUCUGGCUGAGCUUGAUGAUGGGAACACUGAAAAGCCUAAAAAGUCCAGCAAAAAGACACAAAGUAUGGCCACGGCAUUAGAAUUACUGCUGGAUAGAUUGUGCAUUUGGCAUACAGUGAGCGCUCAUGGCCUCUCAAUUGAUAUGCCUGGAGAUUCAAGUAAGGCGGCCACUGGACCGGGGAAACCUAAUAACGACAAACUCCGUGAUUUCUGCACUGAAGUCAUUAUCCCUUUCUAUUCCGCCCGUCUCCCCGAGCAAUGCCAGAUCAUAAAUCGCAAACUAGGAGGUCCCGCUAUGUCACCUGUUAGACCUAGUCGUUCCAACCAAAAGCGGUCAACCAAUCAAUUAUCAAAAUCCACCAAAGGGUCACAGUCGAAAAGGACUUUGCAGCGCGUCAGGACUGAUGAGAAGAUCCCAGUUAGGGCAAAGGUCCCCAGUCUGGCACGGAACAACACCGCUCCUGCUACAGCGGAGGUGAGGCGUGAGAGUAAUGAUCAGUUAUCAUUUUCCGCCUCUACUAGCGGGAGGGGUGGCAUUCAGAAACCAAAGCGAGUUAAUAACCGUGAGGUGGAUCUCGAAGCCGUGGCCAAACAGCACGAGUCGAAGUUGAAGAGGAUGAGCCUUCUAGUGGAUCAGAAACGGGAGUUGGAUGCCGCUAUCAAUACUCUCAGAAAGCCAAAUAGAGAGCUGGCGGUGAAGGAUUUUGUCGAGUCUGCGGAGAAAAGAUCAGCAUCUUCGACUGCCUCUCAUCCUAGGAAACAAAAGAAUCCCACUCGGAAUCCAUUUGGUCAAGGUGUACAAGUUAUGGCGACACCAAAGGGGUCGCGCAAUAAAGACUGCGGAUUUGGUGACUUGCCAUCCUUGCCAAAGACAUGGAGACAGUCAAGACCAACAGUCAUGGCAAGCCCGCUCCCUGACCCCGACACCCAAGUGGUACCGUCGUCAAGUAUCCGUCCUUCAAACUCAACUAUGUUGUCCAAGAGCCAGCCAAUUCUGAGCUUCUCUCGAACAGAGGACCUCGUAUAUGAAACACCGUCCAAGCCCUCUUCCAAUGGAUUAAAACGAAGUGCUACCUCUAACCCCGCAGAGAGCGGUAUCGAGACAGAACUCAGUCCUAUUCUGGCCCGCAAAUUGAGCCCGUGCUCUUUCAAUACCAGGUCUUUAAAAUUUGACCUUAACACCUCCGCACAUUCUACUACAGAAGUGGAUGAAACUCCCCCUAGACCGAAGCAGAUGAUGUUUGUUAGCGAGCCGACAGUGCCUAGACGAGUUGACUUUAUGACAGUGCCUAGACGAGUUGACUUUAUGCAGCCAAGGACUCCCGCCAAAGGUAGCGGGCAGCAUGUCAUCCCUGUCACGACACCCCUGCACCAGCGGGCAGGUGAUGACGCGAACAAAACGAUUAAUGAAACCCCUGAGAAGUCAAUCUAUGAACGAUUGGGAUGGAAUAAUGAUGAUGACGAUGACGAUGAAUUGGCGUUUUUCUGA